AAAACAUAAUUGCAAAAGAUAUCUCCACAUUGAAUUGUUUAUGCACAAAGGACUUGUAAAGGAAAGAGGGUAGGGGAAAUUAAUCAAACAGAUGGCGUGCAUAAUAAUAUCAUCCGCCUCUUGCUGUUGUGCUGCAUCAACUGGGUCUCUGGUCACUGCUAACUCAGUCUCAACUCGGUCCUGCAAACCCAAUUCAGUCUCAUGGGUAUCCUCAUUUCCUACUCUCAACAUCUCCGUUAGGAACAAAAACUACACUUCUCUUUCUCCCACUCAGAACAAGAAUUCUUUCAUUCAAGCUGCUUGGACCAGGAGAUCUCGAGGCGAACUUGCAAAGAGACCAAACCGGAAAUCAUGGAAACAGAGGACGGACAUGUACAUGAGGCCAUUCUUACUGAACGUUUUCUUUUCCAAGAAAUUCAUCCAUGCCAAAGUUAUGCACAGAGGAACGAGCAAAGUGAUAUCAGUUGCUACUACAAAUGCCAAGGAUCUUAGAAACACUUUACCAUCACUUAUAGAUCACAAUGCUUGUAGAAUCAUCGGGAAGCUUAUCGCUGAGAGAUCGAAAGAAGCUGAUGUAUAUGCAAUUGCUUAUGAACCUCGAAAGAAUGAGCGAAUUGACGGUAAGCUUGGUAUUGUUAUCGACACUAUUAAGGAGAACGGGAUACUAUUUGUUAAAGCUUAAUCCUUACUUCCUGUUGUAGCAUCACUUGUUGUAAAUGACAUGUCAAGAACUAGUUAUUAUCAUUCCCUUUCCACCGGUA